AUGGCCAAUCAUACUAGUGAUGGUCUUCCAAUUCCCAUAUUCUCCGGUGAGCACCAUGAUAAUUGGUUCGUAAAAAUGAGAACAAUUUUCAGAUCACAAGAUUUGUGGGAAUAUGUAGAGAAUGGCUAUAGAGAACCAGAAAGUGAAGAAGGUCUCACCAAUCAAGAAUUAAAGGCACUUAAAGAACAUAUGAAGAGGGAUGCAAAGGCUCUUUCACAUAUCCAGCAAGGUGUGAGUCCAUAUAUUUUUUCAAGAAUUAUGGGAGCUGAUCAUGCCAAGGAAGCUUGGGAGAUUCUACAAAAGGAGUUUCAAGGAAAUCUCAAGGUAAAGAAUGUUACUCUUCAAACUCUUAGAAGAGAUCUUGAAAAUUUGAAGAUGAGUAAUGAUGAAAGUAUUCAAAAUUACUACACAAAAAUCACCACAAUUAUAAAUGAAAUGAAAACCUUUGGUGAAGAAAUUAGUGAUAGCAGAAUUGUUGAAAAAAUUCUUGUUAGUUUGCCUCCAAAAUUUGAUCCAAUGGUAUCCAUAAUUGAGGAGACAAAAGAUAUUUCUUCAACGAGUGUUCAAGAGUUGAUGGGAUCCUUGAAAGCUCAUGAAAGAAGAUUGGCUAGACAUGCUGAAAAAUCUGUUGAAAGCGCCUUCCAAUUGAAGCUGAAUUUCACCCCCAAAACCAAUGAACUAGAGCCAUCUUGCAGCUACCAAAGAGGUGGAGACUCACAAAGAGGCGGUAGAUAUGGCCGCGGAAGAGGCAGAGGCAAAAAUUCAAGAGGAAGAGGAAGAAACAACCUUCAAAGAGGCCUUAAUGCUGAAAAUUCACAACCUUGCUAUUAUUUUGGCAAGACCAAUCACCUUGAGAAAGACUGUUGGCACAAAGACAAGCCAAAGUGCUACUAUUGCAAGAGAUUUGGCCAUAUUGAGAAGGAUUGCAGAUUUAAGACCAAUCACCAAGCACAAUUUUCAGAAGACAAGCAAGGAGAAGGAAACUUAUUCUAUGCUUGCCACAUAGCCACUGAAGUCAAGAACAAUAUGUGGUACCUUCACAGUGGUUGUAGCAAUCAUAUGACAAGAGAUAGAUCUAUUUUUAUUAACUUGGAUGAAUCUAUAAAGACUGAAGUGAAGAUGGGAAAUGGAGUCAUAGCUCAAGCACAAGGAUUUGGAACAAUUAGUGUCCAAACCAAGCAAGGUAUGAAGUCCAUUCGUGAUGUUUUAUUUGUUCCUGAUUUAGACCAAAAUUUAUUGAGUCUUGGAUAG